AUUAAUUCCCUGACCCCCUCUUCGUCAGAUCGACCCCAACUUCACCUUUAAUUCAAUCUUGUCUUGAGGCACCAUGUUCGGUGACUUUCCCGUCGACAACAAGAUCGUCCUGGUGACUGGGGGAGGAUCCGGGAUCGGGUUGCAGCUCUGCCGCCAGGCCGCCGCCAAAGGCGCCCGUAUCAUCAUUGCCGAUCUGCGCCUCAUUCCCGAAGCCCAACAGUUUGUCGACAGCUCCGACGCCGUCAUCUUCCAGCGCUGUGACGUCCGUAACUGGAGCGACCUGCAAGCCCUCAUCCAGCUCUCCCAAGACAAAUGGAACGACGUUCCCGAUGUGUACGUCGCGUCAGCGGCCAUCUUUGAACCCUCAUGGUCCAGUUUUUGGGAGGACACUGAGUCGACCGACUACGCGUGUAUCAACAUCAAUGUCAACCACCCCAUCAAGCUUACUCGACUGGCCAUCCGAGCUCUCCUGGGUAAGGACAAGAAGGGUGUCGUAUGUCUGGUCUCCUCUAUCGCGGGAAUAAGUGCUUCCAUCCGGAGCCCCUUGUAUUGUGCAGCCAAACACGCCAUCUGGGGCUUCGUCAAGUCGAUGGCCCCGCUUGACCAAUUGGAGGGCGUGAAAGUCACCUCCAUCUGUCCAGGCGUUGUCCCGACGCCUCUGUGGGACACCGUCCCCGGUAUCCGCAAGCAACUCUCCUAUGAUAGAGUGAAACAUGUUCCGGCGGAAGAAGUGGCAGAGUACAUGCUCGAGCUUAUCCAGCAGGGCAAAUAUCCCGGCGGUUCGGUAGUUGAGAUUACCAGCUCCGGCCCGGAUGGACGCAGAGUCAUCCCGCCGUGGAAUGUCUCGCCACCAAAAGUGUAUGCCGGUGCGGAUAAAGAGAUGCUGGGUAACUUUAUCGAGCCCGUCCGUGCGGCGUUGAAGAAGGAGCGGAAGGCGAAGCUGUAAUCACUAUACCCAUUAGCUAAUGCGUUCAUCAUUGAAGACAUCCAUACACCAUGAUGAAAC